AUGCUCAGCAGUUUCACCAAAAAAUUACAAGAAGUAAACAACAGUGGAGAGCUUGGGGAUUGGCAUGAGAAAUCUGAUGUAUUGGCUGACUUCAAAAGCAAAGACAAUCAAGUAAAUGUUGAUACAGUACUGAAAGAAGUUAUCUAUAUGCUGAAAUUCUUUACUGACAAAUUAGAAGAAACCCAAAGCAAUAGUUCAAGUUCUUUGAAGCAAGCUAUUCCUGUGCUACUUGAAGGUGUCCUUGCUGUGCUGACCCACUCUAAAAAGUUUUUAGGUGUUCAGAAUGAGUUUAUAGAACUGUUAUGGAAACAUUUGUGUCCAUCGUUGAUCUCUCUAUUGGGUACACCAAAGUGCGAACGGAGUAUUGUAACUCAACGGCCAAAUGUGGAUGAAAUGGGUCGUGGGUCUGGCUGCUCUACCAGUGGACCAAACUUGGCUUCAACAACAACAAAAGUCAUUUACAAUAUUGCUAUUCAACUUGUACGUCUCGUUGGACCAAUUGGUUCUCUUCGUCCAGUUUUGGAGUCACUUUUUCAUCGCAUGUUGCUCUAUCCUCCCCCACAACAUCGACAUGAUGCUCUAAAAGGAAUGAAAGUAUUACUCAGUUCUCCAAGAGGUGUUUUGGAUAUUGCUGCUCCAACAGGAAUUGAACCUGGGAGUACCAAAAAGCAAUCUAAUUGUAAAUCUGAUAUGGCACUCAUGAAAUUAAUUGUUGAUGGUAUUCAAGAAUGCUGUCAUUGCAAUGAUUCAGCUGUUUGUAUUACCAGUGUUGAAUGUAUUACACUUUUGUUGCGUACAUUGGAGAAGCUUUGCCGGGGUGUAGGAAUACCAGAUGAAGUGGUACGAGAGAUCAAUCGAAAAUAUAAAAGUAUGUCAAUGGCAGAUGAGUACAAAAAUUUACAUUCUGGUGAACAAAAUGUGAAUUCUGGUUUUGUCACAGAAGUUGACAACUGUGAAAAUGCUGAAGACUCUGCUGUCGAUAAUCCUGAACCAGAAAGCAGCCUCAAAGCUGAAGAUGUGAAAAACAGCAAUCUUCCUGAUGAAGGAGCAUCUGACAUAGAUAAAGAGGAAGAUACCUGCAGUAAUAGCUCUGUUGUAAGCAGCGAAUAUGUUAUGGAUGUGUCUCCAACUAAAACAUUGGAUGGUACAACCCACCCAUCAGAAGAGGAUGAAGAUCAAAAUACCAAGACUAAUGUCACAGUGACACCAAGUAGGGCAUUUCUUUCUGAAAAAUGUGAUGCUGCAGAGAGAGCCAAUGCCCAAGAAUUCAUCAACAGACUAUCAAAACUUCUACCCCGUCUUUUCAACCUUAUGUCCAUUUGUCAGAUGGAUAACACUCUCCAGGAAUUUGCUUCCAAGUUCUGCUCAGAUAUGGUGACAGGCUUCCCAUCAUUGAACAGUGAACCUGUUGUAAUAGUGAAUGCUGACGGUAUCUAUGUUGCUACUAUUACUGUCCUUUCAUUUAACCUUAAACUAAUUGUCAAUGGCUACUACAAUAGUAAUUUCCAAGGAAAAGUUAUUGAAUCCAAGGAAACCUUUGUAGAUAAUAUAUUGAAUAGUGGGCUUCUGAUCUUCCUAUCACCUAGCUGGUUAAAUGAAGUAUAUCAGCAGGUGAUGUCCAGGAAUUUGUUGGGUGAGGCAGGUUAUGAAAUUGAUGAUGAAUCCCCACUUAUUAGCAUGCUAACAGAUAUUGAUGGACUUGGUAGCCAUGAACUGUGUGGCCAGAUCUUGACAGAAGCUCGCUCCAGCUGUGAUACAUUGCUUUCUGAUGAUGAAGAGGAUGAGGAUGACCAGGACCAAUUGACAGGAGAGAAAUUACGACCAAACAAAAACUCCAUAGCUGCUGGUAAGAAAAUAUCAAAACAGAUUUUGUCAACCUGCUGGGAAGGUGUAUUGGAUGUCCUUUCUGUUCUUUUGAAUGGGAAGAGUUCGUGUGGAAUCACCAGUAGCUUGGCCUUGAUGUUGGGUACUGAAGGUGCUAAAGAAGAAACUAUGAAAGCCAGAGAAGCUGUGUGUCACAGUCUUGAUGGUCUACAGAAAGCAGCUAAAUUGUGUUGUAUUUUAGGACUUCAGAAGCGGUGUGCAGCUGUUUUUACCCAGCUUGCUAGCACAUCUUGUGUUAUUGAGGAACGGUCAACAAUUCCAGAAAGAAAAGGCAUAAAAGCACCCAUUCUACCAAACCGGCCGAAACUCGUUCGGCUUCAUGCAGCUCAUGUGCUUAGUAUGGAUGUGGUUAUGUCUGUAGGGCUAGAGAUGGGCAGCCAUGCUGCUGACUGCUGGAAACAUAUAUUCAGAUGCUGUAGCCACAUCGCAAGAUUAGAACAUACAUACUUCAGUGCUGGGAACAAUCAAUCUAGCCUUCCUAAAGUGCACCAUGAACAACCUGUAAUGAGUAUACCAAAUUUGGAUGGCUCAUAUAAUUGUGAUCCUGAAAUGUAUAUGACACCUAUGGUACCUGUAAUGCCUGUAGCUCCUACAAUAAGCGUCCAUGAACUGACCCGCUUGAGCAGUGUUGAAGCUGGGUGGGACAGUGCAAUCAGUGGUGGAGGUGUACUCAGUGCCUCUCAAGCAUCAAAAGCUCUUUGUGGUCUCUCUCAAGAAGUCGACAGAUUGUUUGAGGAUGCUGCCCAAAAAUUAAACAUGCAGGCAUUGGUAAGUUUCCUUUCAGAACUAUGUACAGCCAGCCACCUUCAACUGAUUCAAAUGAAUAGCAAAUCUGAAGAAGAGGAGAUGUUGAACAUAGGCUCCAAGCUCCCAACUAAUGCUUUGCUAUUAUACAGACUUCAGGAGGUACUCAUGAAAGUGCUGCAUACAGGACGACCACUCCUACAUCUGGUUCAAGCCUACAAUGCUGUUUCCACUCACCUUGUUGAAGCUUCUGGUAACCCUGACAGAAGAAUAUCCAAAAUGGCUGUAACAUGUAUGCAUGAUUAUAUUACUGCAGUUUUAAGUACUCACCCUGAAUAUCCUCAUUUCUAUGUAAAUGAAUUACUAUGCAAAGGUUUUGAGAGCCUCUUCUCUCAAGAUAUGUGCGAUGGAGAUGUACAAGAUCAGGUUGUAUGCUCUAUUUGUGAACUUGUAGAAGCUUGUACUGCUGAAAUUAGGUCUGGUUGGAGGCCUUUAUUUGCAGCCCUGCAAGCAGUCAAGAUAGAAUACACCCUCAAUGAGGAAGUGAAUGAGGCUCGACAACGUCAUAUUGCUGCUGUACUUGAUGUCUUUGAAGUGUUCCUUAAUACUGACAAUAUCCUUGUGUUUGCCAACGCUGCUGUAGAUUGUAUACUCUGUCUUCUGAAGUAUGUACGUGGACCAGGAGAGUUUGAAUGUGUCAGUGAUGAUGAUUCAGAUUCAGGUAGUGACUUCACUUCUACUGAUGGAACAGAGAACCUAUGCCUACCUGCACUCAAUUACUUGAGACAGUGCUGUCAGAUCCUUGCUUCCAUGUGGAAGAUGCCUCAGUGUCCCAUCUUUCAUGGUGCUCACAGAAUACAAGUUGGUUUUCUACAAGAAAUUGUUGAUCCAAAUAUUCCAAAUAUGGACUUUGAACUUUUUAAGCAGAAUUUCUCUUCUAUAAGUGAGCAUCCACCUAAGCAGCUUUCAAGGAAUCCCAGUUUUUCUCAAAGCUUUGUCUUAGAUAGUGCCUUGGACACAGUUACCUCAUCUACUCUCAGUGGUGUUGCAGCUGAUGGAGGCACUCCAACAGAUAACAACAGUAUAACAUCACAAGACUCUGGAUUGGAUGUGCCAGCCACAACUCCUGUAGUUGAAAAGGCCUGCUUACCAGAAGAAAUCAAGCAGGAACAUGAGAUGGAACAGUACAAGACACCCACUCUAAAUGCACUAGAUAACCAAUGUGGAUUACUGCAUGUGUGGUUUCUUAUACUGGACGGCUUAGCCAGUGCUACAUCUGUGUGUCCUCGCAACUACCAGCCUCAAACUAUGGACAUGUUGUUUGAACUGCUUAAAGAUACUGCUGAUAUUCCAGGCCCUUCCUUCACCAUGUACUGUGUAAAUAACCUCCUAUUACCAACACUUCAGACUUGGCUGAGAAGAAGUUUCCGCAAUCAGACAUUUUGUGAUACAGGAUCAGCAAAUUUCAAACAGUGUUGUGGACUCAGUACAGACUUAGUUGUACAGCUGAUUACUAGAUUUGCUGAAGAAACUGAACAUCACCAGAUGAUGGAACUGAUGUUGAGAGAAUUGUUUAUCGUCCUCAUUGAAUGUGUAGCACAACCGGCCGAAUCCAUUUCUCGACUUGGGUGUUCUUGUAUCAGACAUGUUGCAUUGGCUGCAGGUCCUUCAUUUACAGAAAGCAUGUGGCAGAUAACUGUGGAUAGCUUUGAGAAAGCCAUGAAUGUAACAACUUACAGCAUCCGUCAGAUAAUGAUCCUGUUUCAUCCCAACUCGGAAAAUUUCUAUGGUGAUAUUGGGCAGGUGAAAGUGGCAACAAGAAAAGAUUGUUCACCAAUGGAGUUGGAACGACUCUAUCAACUUGCACAGCAAGUUUUUUUGCUGGAUAGUCAAAUUCAAUCAAAGGGACCCAAUUUGACAACCAAUCGCUUCAGUGCAGAGGCUGAUAAAUCUUAUAUAUUUUUGCUGUAUCCACCAAAUCAUGAAAAUAAUCACAAUCCUGAUAAUCUUCUUACUAGAGUUCCAUUCAGAAAUUUAGUUGUAGGACUCUUGUCCCAUCAACUUUUACUACAAACUAUGGGCUGUGUCUUGUUGCAAACUCCAAGCAUUCCAGAAGCAGAAGACUCUUGCAACAGUUCUGCACCAAAUACUGAUAACCAAGAAGAUAUUCCAAGCCGACUACCUGGGAUGCUGCCCUACCUGUCCACAAGAAACAUUGCCAAAAUUUUGGAUUGUUUGUAUGUAUCUUACCAGAUUGCUUGUGAUUUUGAUUCCCGUCCUGGUCUCAAGUUUCUCAUCCAAAAAGUGGCCCAGACAAGUGUUGCUGCAAAUCUCUACAAGCAGGCUGGUGCAAGCAUGGUAUUUUACAUCCACACUCUCAUUGAAAUCUCUUCCAACAUUAACACCCUCAAACUGGAAGGCAUCCGACAGUCAUUGAAACAGGUGUCCACUUCUUCCAUGAAUGAUCAACAGACAUGCAUUCAACAUGCCAGUACAAUGAUGUCCAGCAUAACUGACAAUAUGGAUAUUUUCUUGUUUCUUCUGCAGAACAUUUGUGAUGAACUGUGCCAGACGUAUGUGGAUAUGACAUUGGAUGAAGAGACAACCACUUGUGUUGAUCGUCUCUCAGAGCAACCACUUGUCUUCUUGAUAGCUCAAGCUGAUGAUCUUUGUGAUAUUACUGGCUCUAAUGGAACAGAAAGCAAGCAGUUGUCAUCAACAUCGUCUCAAGAAAACAACAAUAUUUAUCCAACUUCUGCUCCUGUAAAUCUACACAAAUUAUUUUUUAAAAUUCUCACCAAAUCUUCUUUUCUCUUUUUCUUUUCUCUUUUUUCUCUAUUCUCUUUUCUUUUCUUUUUUUUCUCUAUUCUCUUUUCUUUUCUCUUUUUUCUCUAUUCUCUUUUCUUUCCUCUUUUCUCUAUUUUUUUCUUUCCUCUUUUUCUUUUUCUUUUUUUUCCUUUUUUUUUUAUUCUUUUCUUUCCUCUUUUUCUCUAUUCUCUUUUCUUUUCUCUUUUUUCUCUAUUCUCUUUUCUUUCCUCUUUUUUCUCUAUUCUCUUUUCUUUCCUCUUUUUUCUCUAUUCUCUUUUCUUUCCUCUUUUUUCUCUAUUCUCUUUUCUUUUCUUUUUUUUCUCUAUUCUCUUUUCUUUUCUUUUUUUUCUCUAUUCUCUUUUCUUUCCUCUUUUUUCUCUAUUCUCUUUUCUUUUCUCUUUUUUCUCUAUUCUCUUUUCUUUUCUCUUUUUUCUCUAUUCUCUUUUCUUUUCUCUUUUUUCUCUAUUCUCUUUUCUUUUUUUCUCUAUUCUCUUUUCUUUUCUCUUUUUUCUCUUUUCUUUUCUCUUUUUUCUCUAUUCUCUUUUCUUUUCUCUUUUUUCUCUAUUCUCUUUUCUUUCCUCUUUUUCUCUAUUCUCUUUUCUUUCCUCUUUUUUCUCUAUUUUCUUUUCUUUUUUUUCUCUAUUCUCUUUUCUUUUCUUUUUUUUCUCUAUUCUCUUUUCUUUUCUUUUUUUUCUCUAUUCUCUUUUCUUUUCUCUUUUUUCUCUAUUCUCUUUUCUUUCCUCUUUUUUCUCUAUUCUCUUUUUCUUUCCUCUUUUUCUAUAUUCUUUUUUCUUUCCUCUUUUUCUCUUUUCUUUCCUCUUUUUUCUUUUCUUUUUCUUUUUUUUCUUUUUCUUUUUUUUCUCUAUUCUCUUUUCUUUCCUCUUUUUUCUCUAUUCUCUUUUCUUUUCUCUUUUUUCUCUAUUCUCUUUUCUUUUCUCUAUGCAUAAUAUGGUGGUACAAACAGAUGAUGUAGCUCCAACAGAUGAUAAUGAAUCAGUAGCAGGCACAAUAACUAACCCCAAAGAGGAUUAUUCAAUCAAUCCAUCUGAUCUAAAAAGCAAGAAAGAAAAACGAGCUGAAAAGGAAAGUCGAGUUUAUACAGUGGCAACAGACAAACUUAUAAAGAAUUUAAUGACUGAAUAUAAGAAACGUAAACAGCAACACUCAAUGCCUACUUUUGUUAAAGCAGGCAAAGUUCCAAAUAACAAAGCCAACACAGCGCAGGUUUUCAAACAGCGAGAACCGGUAGACUAUGAAAUUGAAAAACAGCAAAAAGUAUCUAUCAUGAAGGACAGUGAAGCACAUUUAAAAUCCUGGACAGAAUUACUAUGUGCCAUUCUUCGACUGUUUCAAGAACUUCCAGAUUCAAAAUUCUAUGCAUUGCUACCCACCGUAUUUAAUUGUAUCAACCAACUAGUUUGCCAUUCACAUGAACAAAGACUGAAUGAUGCAUUAGCUCAGUGGCUGCACAGAGUUGGACAUAUGGUUGGCAUCAACCCUUUGUAA